AUGACAAUAUCUACUUUCGAUCACGUUACGGGGCGACUUAGACGGAUUGCGCGUCAUCUCGCCUUCCCAAAUUUUCUCCUUCUGCAGCUCGAAUCCAAAACAUCUAUCUAUAGCGCGGGGGACAGGGGAAAGAUGUUUAACUCGGUGAAUCUGAGCAACUUCUGCUCCCAGACGCGCAAAGACCGGACGUCCGAGUUUGGGGACAGGACGGGCUGUGCCUCUAACAUCUACCUCCCCAGCUGCACUUACUACGUCCCCGAAUUUUCUACCGUCUCGUCGUUCCUUCCGCAAGGGCCCUCGCGGCAAAUCACCUACCCUUAUUCAACAAACCUGUCUCAAGUGCAGCCGGUGCGAGACGUUUCCUACGGCCUGGACCCCUCCAGCAAAUGGCACCAUAGAAGCAACUAUGCAUCCUGCUACUCAGGAGAGGAUCUGGUGCACAGGGACUGUCUUCCGCCAUCCACCAUGACAGAAAUGCUCAUGAAAAACGAGAGCGUGUACAGCCACCACCACCACCACCACCACCAUCCCAGCACGAACCACCCCUCCACUGGCUUCUACUCCGGCGUGGGCAAGAACAAUGUGCUCCCCCAAGGUUUCGAUCGCUUUUUCGAAACGGCGUACUGCGGCGCGGACAAUCAGUCAGAGCAUUGUUUACAAAAGAGCGAGGCGGCUAAGCUGGAGAGCGCGUCCCAGCCGGCCAGCGCCGUUUCGGGGGUGGACGAGCCGGAAAAGGAGCCAGAGGAUGAGGAGCAACAAACAAAUUCUGGCUCGUGUAGCUCGACAGUCACAAAGGAUGGCAACGCGGGCAAGAUCAGCCACUCGAGUGCCCCACGCCAGAGGAAGAAGAGAUGUCCGUACUCCAAGUUUCAGAUUCGAGAACUGGAACGAGAGUUUUUCUUUAACGUUUACAUCAACAAGGAAAAGAGGCUGCAGCUCUCCAGAAUGCUUAACCUUACCGAUAGACAAGUGAAGAUAUGGUUCCAGAACAGAAGGAUGAAAGAAAAGAAGCUAAGCAGAGACCGCUUGCAGUACUUUUCUGGGAACCCAUUGCUAUAA